AAUAGUAACAGAAAUUAAUUAAUCAAAUGUCAGAAUAUAUUCAUGUUAUAAAAAGUGCUUACAAUUUCAACCCUGUAAUUUGUAAAUAGAAACCCUAAGUACAAUGUGGUAAAUUUUUUGCAGUCGUCAGUUCAUUAAUGAAAGCUGUUCAUGCAAUACAUUACAUCGAUAAAUAAAUUAGCAAUAUGCCGAAGAAAAAAACUGGUCAGAGGAAAAAAGCUGAGAAACAAAAAUUGCGGUUAAAGGAAAUACGUAGCAGGGAAUCAUCAUUAGCUGACAUGCCAUGUAACGCCCCAAUGGAUUGUGAGAAAUGCGAAAAGAAGCAAAAAUCUCGGGCAUUUUGCUACUUUUGCCAAAGUUUACAAAGAUUGCCUAUGUGUGCACACUGCGGUAAAAUAAAGUGCAUGCUUAAGACAGGGGAUUGCGUAGUGAAGCAUCCUGGUGUGUUUACAACUGGUCUUGGUAUGGUUGGAGCUAUAUGUGACUUUUGUGAAGCUUGGGUAUGUCAUGGGCGAAAAUGCCUGCAAUCACAUGCAUGCACUUGCCCAUUACAGAAUGCGGUAUGUCUAGAAUGUGAACGUGGCGUUUGGGAACAUGGUGGACGUAUAUUUAAAUGUUCAUUUUGUAAUGGUUUCUUGUGUGAAGAUGACCAAUUUGAACACCAAGCUUCAUGUCAAGUUUUAGAAUCAGAGAACUACAAAUGUCAAUCAUGCAAUCGUUUAGGUCAAUAUUCAUGUUUACGUUGUAAAACAUGUUACUGUGAAGAUCAUGUGCGACGUAAAGGAUUCAAAUAUGAUAAAAAUAAAGCUAUACCGUGUCCAAAAUGUAAUUAUGAAACAUCUGUAACUAAAGACCUUAGUAUGUCCACUAGAUCGCAUAAAUUUGGUCGCCAACAACAAGGUGGAAUGGACGAAAGUGAUGAUGAUUAUGAUGGCUACGAUGCUAGUUACAGCGGUUGGAACCGUGAUGAUGACUACACAGACGAUGAAACGGAAGACGACGAGGAUGACAACGAAGACGACGACGAAGAAGAUGAAGAAACUGCAAGUAAUAACUCCGAUAAUGUAGAAAACGAUAAAAUUAAAAAUUAAUUUAUUAAAUAUUUUUAAUU